GCAGUGGGAAAUGGCGUCUCGCGUUCGGGGCAGUCCUGGGAGCCUGUUGCGCUGGGCUGCCUCCCUACUCUUGGCUGUGGGCGUGGGAAGGGCUCUGGCGCUACCCGAGAUAUGCACCCAGUGUCCUGGAAGUGUGCAAAAUUCGUCAAAAGUGGCUCUUUAUUGUAAGCAGACAUCAGAGCUAGUGCUGCACGCCCGCUGCUGCCUGAAUCAGAAGGGCACCAUCUUGGGGGUAGAUCUCCAGAACUGUUCUCUGAAGGAUCCUGGUCCAAACUUUCCUCAGGCACAUACUGCUGUUAUCAUAGACCUGCAAACAAAUCCCCUCAAGGAUGACUUGGCCAACACCUUCAGUGGCUUUACCCAGCUUCAGACUCUGGUACUGCCACAAGAUGCCGGAUGUCCUGGAGGUAUUAAUGCCUGGAACAACAUUAUCUAUUAUGUAGACAGCCAGAUCUGCCAAGGGCAAAAGGACCUUUGCAAUAGCACCAGAGACUCAGAAAUGUGUCCUGAGAAUGGAUCUUGUGCACCCAAUGGUCCCGGUCUCUUACAGUGUGUUUGUGUGGAUGGCUUCCAUGGAUACAAGUGUAUGCGCCAGGGCUCCUUCUCACUGCUUACGUUUUUCGGGAUUCUGGGAUCCAUCACACUAUCCAUCUCCAUUCUGCUUUGGGGAACCCAACGCCGAAAAGCCAAGGCUUCAUAAACCACAUAGGGCUUCCUACUGAUCUGAGACCACCCUGCUCUUUCACAGCCCAGCCAAGGAGAUUUGCUUCCAUGACAGGAAUCAAUGGCCAGCGGAUCAAGGCUGAGCUGCUACUGGAAGGAAGAUGAAAAAUCGCACCACUUUGGAGUGUUGUGGACACUCUAGGUUAGGAGUGGACUAGUACCAGUUCCCAUUUGUGCUGUUGACUGCAAUAAACUUUAUCUUCGUUUUCCGGGAAAGGCGCCCUGCUUUU